AUGUGGACAUUCUCAUUUCUCAUGAUCUGGCUGGUGCUUAAUAUCAUCUACAACUUGUAUUUUCAUCCACUUGCCGGAGUGCCCGGUCCCAGAAGCUGGGGAGCACUUCGACUCCGAUACGUCUGGGCACUUGUGAGCGGGACCAUCGUUCACGAUUUUGAAAAACUUCAUCAUAGAUAUGGGCCGGUUGUUCGCGUUGCCCCAAGCGAGUUGUCUUUCACAACACCCGAUGCUUGGACCGACAUUCUUCAGCCAGGUCGCACACCGCCAUUACCCAAAGAUGGUCGGUGGUCUAUUCCUGGCUUAAAAGCCCAAGGGAUCGUCAACAUUGUUGACCUUGAUCUCCAUGGCCGAGUUCGAAGGUUGAUUGCACCAGCAUUUACCACGUCGGCGCUUAGAGGUCAAGAGCCCAUCCUACAACAAUACAUCACCCUGUUGAUGGAUCGGCUUCGAGACCUUGUCACAACCGAAAACAACGGCACCAACGGCGUUGAGAUUGAUGUCGUUCCGUGGUUCAACUUCGUCACCUUUGAUAUGCUGGGUGAUCUGGCAUUUGGAGAAUCAUUCGAUUGUCUGCACACAUCGCGGUAUCAUUCCUGGAUUGAGCUCCUCACAAACACACCAAAAGCAGGAGCAUUUGCUGCUGCUGCCCUGUUUUAUCCUCUUUUCGCAUCGGCACUCACGUAUCUCAUUCCGGCAUCGCUGAAGAACAAGGUGCUUGAUCACGUCCGAGUCGUUUCAGAGAAAGUUGAGCGUCGACUGAACCUGGAGUCCACACGAUCUGACAUCAUGUCCCACGUGAUCAACCAGAUAGAACGUGAUGGCCUGGAGGGACUUACCAUGGACCACGUCAACGCAACGUUUAUGGUGCUCACGAUUGCUGGUAGUGAGACCGUCGCAACCACCUUGUGCGGGAUUGUGAACUAUCUUGCUCAGAGUCCUAGCAAGCUUUCUAUCCUCACACACGAGAUUCGCAGCCAUUUUUCAAACCCACACGAGAUGACUUUGGAGAGGUUGAAAGGCAUGCUCUAUCUGAAUGCCGUGAUCGACGAGGGGUUGCGCCUGUGUCCGCCAGUUCCUUGGCUUCCACCCAGAGUGGCGGCUGAUGGGGGCUCAGUUGUUUGUGGGAUACCACUACCUGGGCGUACCGCGGUUUCCAUUCUCACCUACGCCAUGGGCCGUGAUCCAAACAAUUUCCACGAUCAUUUGUCAUUUGUCCCCGAGCGGUACCUUCCCGAAGCCAAAACUGAUCCGCGAUCGCCUUUCUUCAAUGACCGGCGCCAAUCUUAUCAUCCUUUCUCUUUCGGGCCCAGGAUCUGCAUUGGUCUCCAUCUCGGCAUGGCCCAGAUGCGUUUGAUUUUGGCCAGAUUGGUAUGGGAAUUUGAUUUGAAGCCGCCAACAGAACACAGGAAAACCCAAUGGGAAGAGCUGAGAACUUUUACAUUGGUUGAGAAGAACGGGAUAUUUGUGAACUUCAAGUUGAAGGAAGGCUUGUGGACGGCGGAGAUGAAAUCCUCGGCCUCGUCCUAG